AUGUUUUUUAACUUUGCUCGUUUCUUUCCUCAGCAACAAUAAUUGGAUACAUUGUUAGCAGAUCCUGAUUGUGAAUUAGAAAAUAUUUUAUAGGCAGAUAAUAUUUUAUAGGAAAUUAAAGGAAUGGGAGCCAAUAAAUUUGCUGAUCACAUAAUCAAGCAUCCUGUGAUGUAUUACAAAAUGAUUCGCUAUAUAAUUUCCGUUGAGGAUGAAUUGACAGACAAAAAGGCCUAAAUCUAAUACCCAUUCCUAUGCAGCGAAAUUUUGGGCAGUUAAAAUUAGAAGUUAUUGGAUUUCUUAUUCGAAAGACCAGAGGAAAUCUUAGAUGCAGACGACGAAAUGACUCGAUUUACCUUAUUCCCUCGACUUAUGGGCUUUCUCGAGGUUGAUGUUUUCAAUAUGACAUCUGCAGGCUAUUUUUCAAAAGCAUUACUAGCGAUUAUUAAAAAACGAGGCUUUGAUGUUUGGUCUGAAAUUAUUAAUGAUAAACAAAUUUUAUCCAACUUAUUAAAACACAUUGAUUGCAAACAUAUAGCUGAGAUCAUCGAAAAAUUAAUAGUUCUAGACACAACUUAGGAAUUAGCAGAUGAAACAUAUCUUAAUGAAAGAAAGUCACUGUUAUAAAGAAUUAUUAUAUUGAUGCAGAAUAAAUAUUAUUGUUCAGAAAUUGUAGAAAACAUUUGUGAUAUUCUAAUUGAAAUCACAUCUAAAAAUAUGAAUUCUUUAUACUAUAAUAACACAGAUAUUGUUCCAUUUGUUGAUUAAAUCAAAAGACCAGAAUUGUUAUUUGAAAUUGCUAUCAAAACUUAAAAGGCCUAACCAUUAUAAGUCCUCAUCAAUUUGGUGGAGAUGACUCCUAAGGAAUCAAAAAAAGAAGACGAGGAUGAAGUGGUUCAUCAUAAUGAGAAGGAUUAUUCCAUUUUUGAAAAUAUUGCAUCUGAAAUUCCUAAAAAUUUAUUAAGUAAAAGAUAUAGUGCUGCUAACUUCUAAAAUUCUAAUUAAGAAAAUGUCCAACCAUUUGGAUUAUAUAAAAUUAUGUUGCUUAAGUUGAUUUAAACCUUAAUUCAAACAUCCGACAUCUAAAUUAUUGAAACUCUGUUAAAUGCUAAUUUGAUAAAAGUGCUAGAAAACAUUUGUAUUUAAUACUCAUCCAAUAAUUAAAUCCAUGUAAUGACAGAGAAGAUCAUAAAAUCGAUUCUUGAUCUAGAUGAUGAAAAAAUAACAGAGCAUGUCUUCGAAUUUGGGUAGCUUAUUGAAUUUAUUGUCACAUAUCAUACAGAAGAGAAUGAUAAAAAAGGAUAUUUGGCUCUUCUGACUUCGCUAGCUAAUUAUCUGAUUGAGAAAUCGCAAAACAAAUCCAUUCUUCAAUAUUAUAAAGACAAUUAAUAAUGGUUUAAUUUUGUGAAAAACAGAUUAUGCAAUAUUAAUCAAAAAGAGAAACCCUAUCUAUGUAAUGUAAAUCCUAAAGCUAAAUCAGAAGUAGCAGAUGAUCAAGAAUCAGAUAUUAUGUAGAUUCUGCAAAAAUUCAAUGAAUCCUAUUAUGGUUAGUAGACUCAAGAAGAAUAACAAGAUUAAGAUUAGGAAACAUCAAAACAAGAUUAAGACUUAGAUACUUAUAACUCAUAAGAUAAUGGAUAACUAGAAGAAGAUGAGAAUAUUUUGAUGGAUAUGAAUCAUGGUCAGGUCUGGAGCGAUGAUACAAAUUAAGAAAACAGAUAGAAUUAAGACGAUGAAAUUCAAGGAAACAAAUGUUAAGAUUCAUUGUAAAUGACAUCUGAAAAUGCGAAGGAGAUCAGCUAAAUAGGUGAAAAUAUUUCUAUUUUAUUCAAUCAUAAUCUUUUUUGGAAAAUAGAAUAUGAUUGUUAAGAAUCAGAUGAUAUCCUAAACAGUUAUGCGUGAUAUUUUUAUUAUUAAAAAUAGUAUUAGAAUUUAA